UGUGUGUGUGAGAGAGAGAGUGUGCGGGGGCGAUGCGGUGCACUGAGUGAUUCUUGCUACGUCGCAAUUCGCAUUGUAUCUCGGUCAUGGCACACGCGAGCACAAGGGAGUCUGCUGCGGAAUUUUUGCUUCUGCGAGUGUUUUGGAGCUGAAAUCUCUUAUCGGAAGAAGAAAAAAAAGAGCUGGUUCCAAUUGAGGAACAGAGCCAUGUCCGUGCGCCAGUGCCUCGCCUCCGGGGGUAGAAGAGUGCUGGCACAGACGCGCACUCUGGCUAAUCUGUUUGUUUACCGGCGAUCUCAGGUUUUUGAUCAAUCAGAAACUCAAAGGAAGGCGUUGAAUUUUGGAAUGUAGGGGGUUGGAGACUUAUCCUUGGACACGGUGUUACGGCAUUUGAGCACGCUGGUUCAUCACCAACAGGAUGCUGCUUUGGAUGACAUUAAAUGGAGAGUUGUUCGCCGCCCUUUUGUGGACAUGGAGCUGCGUCGCUAUGCUCAAAAUGCGGUGGUACCGCAGCCCUUUAUAUUGCAUGGCCCUCGAGGGGUGGGAAAACGCACUCUUGUUGAAGGACUGCUUGAAGAGUGGAGCAGGGAUCCGCAUUCCACUGCCUACGUGGAUCUGUAUGCUCAGUUCGGAGGUGGUAGUGAAGGGAAGUGCAUUCCUCCGUGGACCUUAAUUCCCAGUAGCACUACAGCAGGCCCCACAAGUCAAGGUGGCAGUGAUUUGCACUGGGUUCGAAGAAAAUUAGAGCAGGGUCUGGAGUCUUUGGCAAUUCGGGCUGUUCAAGUAGGUUGUUUAAAGAACAAGAACGUCUUUGAUGCGCUUACAGAUCGUCAUACGGUUGAUGGUGCAUUAUAUGAAUUCCUUUCGGAUCGAACACUAGGCACUGGAUCCUCUGCAUUGUCAAGUAGUGGUGAACUGAAGCAUCUGUGGCAGCAUGCUCUCGUAUAUAUGAGAAGGGCGCUAGGAGUUGACAGUCACCCUAUUCAGGGUGGAGAAAUUACAUGCAUCAAUGAAGUCCUGCAUGCAGUGCUAGAAAAUUCAGUUGCGGAUUCUUUAGAUAUUACAGCAACUCUAUCCAAUGGAAAUAACAGGAAAAAGGGCAAAAACAGUGCGAAUGUACAGAUUGAUGCGAAGGAAAAAGCAUUAUUAUCCUUGGCUCUUGCUAAGCAUUUACUUCAAAUUCAAGAAAAUUGGAGGCUUGCAGCUGGUGCUGAUCGUCAAAAAAAGGGCUUGCUUUCAAAGGGUCUUGUUGAUGCGGUUGUGAGUUGGCCUUCCCUUCUACUGGAAUUGGUCUCCUCAGCAACUCAAGAAGGCUUAUUUCAGCCUAAAUUGGUGAUCAAUGGAAUAGAGCUUUUGCGUAAUGCUUCCUCGGACAUGGGAUGUACGGAUGGUUCAUCAUACCAUGAUGCUCUUCUGCUGCAGCUUGUUAACAACAGUCUCACUCAAGGAUCUUUCCCGGUCAUAUUAGUAUCAUCAGACAGCUAUUAUUCGUGGCAACUAGGUGAUGACUUUGGCAGUACAGACGCAUUUAUUUCUAGCGAGAUAUUUGGUUGGACACCUAAAGAAGCUGCUCUUCAUUUAGUUCCUGGUGUGUAUACUACUGAUGAGUGGAAAGUGGUUGUGGCAGUGUUAGGAUCCAACCCACGACACUCUGUGGAACUUCUACAACUUCGAUACAGCAAAGCUUUCUCCGAGCGCAUGAAAAAUGACGAUUUGGAUAUCGAGGAUUGCAUUGACCUUUACUUAGCCUAUUUACAGGUUACGGCAGUUGACCCUGCGAUGGAUGCAGCACUAGCGUUAUUGGAACAAUUUGCUAGUAAAGCUAUGAAGGGAGACAUCGACGGUAAUCUUCUUCAACAUGGUGCACCCUGGAGAGAUUUCCCUAGAAAUGAUGAUAAACAGCAGCGACAACGUUGGGCAAGAAUACAAAUGGUGGAUUUUGUUCAGGCCUUCACAAGCACAGAGUUCGGGGUGAACUAUCUUGGUGGUGAUAUGGAACUCUUGGACGAUCCAGCAGCUCGUGCCCUUAUACAGGUGGGAUUACUUUAUCAACAACGAGCUCCUCCGUUCGUGAGACCGACUUCUCGUGGCAUUCUCCGGUGCCUGACUCGCUGGUUUGUAAAGGAGAAGCUGUAUCUAGAGUCAUCGGAUAAUCUGAGAUUUAAAUGGCACCGUUUGGUACGAGGUAGAUCUUACCGCCAUCUCAUGAGGGAGUAGCUCCCUAGUCUAUUUUCUUAAAGUAGCACAUGCAUUUGCAAUCUAGAUGGCUUGGUGCGUGCCAUGGAUGUGGUCAAAAGCGACCUUGACACAUGCGUCUUGAAGAUUAUCAUUUGAAGAUCACUGUGUAUUGAGAUCUUGCCGACCUCAGUGUUUCUUGUUUAAAGAGGUUCUUUUACUUCCGAAUAUUCGAAAUUGGAGAUGCGCUUACAUCUACUGAUUACACAGCAAGAAUUGGCGCUCUCAGAUCAGACGUCAAUCUGAUUCAUGUUGGUGUUCGUAGAGGUUCAAUAAUCUCAUAUACUGUUUCUUGCAUGCGCUGUUUAUGUCAGCUACUCAUGAAUGGGAAGAAUGCUUACGA